CUGUGUGUCUAGUAGCCGCAAAAGAUGCUAUUCUUCUCCCGCUUUACCAGUAGAGCACUGCGAACCCAAUUAAGUAUUUCCAUCUCUCCCGUCAUUAUUUAGCUUCACAUUACCUCUUGUUUCUGUGAGACUGUGACCUGUUUCUGUUCAUCCUUCCUUUCUUCUUUCUUCUUUUUGUUCUCCCUCAGUUACAUCACAAGUUUCUUCUUCCUCUUUUAUCCUUUUCAAUUCGUCGAGACAUGUGGGUGUGGGAUCACUCUUUGAAAUCGUCAUGAGCUUCUCGAGUCUUCUGUGGAGGUUUUUUCCACUUGUUCUUCUUGUUAUUGUUGCUGUGAAUCCGUGUUUUGGAUUAAACAGAGAUGGUGUUUUGUUGCUUUCUUUGAAGUACUCUGUUUGGAGUGAUCCUCUGUUCUUGCUGGGGAGCUGGAAUUACUUGGACCAGACUCCUUGUUCGUGGAAAGGAGUUACCUGUCGAGCUGUUUCAGAUGCCACGAAUUCUUCUUCUCAGGAUCGAGUGGUUGGUUUAGCUCUUCCCAAUUCUCAGCUUCUGGGCUCCAUUCCUAACGAUCUUGGUAUGAUUGAGAAUCUCCAGCGUCUCGACCUUUCUAAUAAUUCUCUCAAUGGGUCUCUUCCCUCUUCACUUUUCCAGGCUUCGAAGCUUGGGUUUCUGGAUUUGUCUAACAAUCUGAUCUCCGGGGAGAUUCCGGAUUCCAUAGUACAGCUUAGGAAUCUUCAGGUUCUUGACCUCUCCGACAAUGCAUUGGCGGGGAAGCUUCCCGCCAGUCUUGGAAACAUGCAGAAUCUAACUGUGGUGUCGGUGAGGAAUAAUUACUUAUCAGGUGGUCUUCCUAGUGGCUUUCGAACGACACAAGUUUUAGAUCUAUCUUCCAACUUGUUGAACGGAUCUCUCCCUUCGGAUUUUGGUGGGGACAGUUUGCGACUCUUGAACAUCUCCUUCAACCAAUUUUCCGGGGAAAUCCCCAAAGAAUUCGCCAGGAAAAUUCCGAGCAGCGCUACAGUUGACCUCUCCUUCAACAAUCUCACCGGAGAGAUUCCAGAUUCCUCCGUCUUCAUCAACCACGAUUUGAGUUCAUUUUCUGGGAAUCCCGAUCUUUGCGGAGAAGGAAUCAACAAUCCAUGUCCCGCUUCAUCGUCACCAGCUCCUUCACCAAAUGCCACUUCUCCGACAUCUCCUCCUGCAUUCGCCGCAUUUCCAAAGACACUCGAUUCUCCCCCGCCGGGAUCAGGACACGGGACUUCGCAGCAAAACAAGACAGGACUUAGAAGAGGAACAAUCAUAGGUAUCGUGGUAGGGGACAUUAUAGGCAUUGGAUUAUUAGCUAUGAUAUUCCUUUACGUGUACCAACUAAAAAGAAGGAAGCGCGCGGAGGAUGCCCUAAACAAGGAACCUAUCCAUGGGCCAUCAUCACCCUCGUCCUUCGACUCAAGAGGGUUCAGAAGGUGGUCAUGCUUGCGGAAAAAAACCGACGAAGAAGAAGAAUCAUCAUCAGAAUCCGCAAGCUCUUCUGACAACGAAGUGGACGCACAAAAUGGGGUUCAGAGACAAGAAUCAUCAUCGCAGAACAAAACAGGGACAUUGGUGACGGUUGAUGGAGAGAAAGAGAUGGAGCCGGAGACACUUCUAAAGGCGUCAGCUUUCAUACUGGGUGCUACAGGUUCGAGCAUAAUGUACAAGGCUGUACUGGAAGACGGCACGGCGUUGGCGGUUCGGAGGAUCGGCGAGAGCGGUGUAGGGCGGUUCAAGGACUUCGAGGCCCAAGUCCGAGUGGUAGCCAAACUGGUUCAUCCAAACCUGGUUCGGGUUCGAGGAUUCUACUGGGGAAAUGAAGAGAAGCUCAUUAUCUACGACUUCGUUCCUAAUGGCAGCCUGGCCAACGUUCGCUACAGGAAAGUAGGGUCCUCGCCUUGCCAUGUGCCAUGGGAACUGAGGCUGAAGAUUGCUAAAGGGGUGGCACGUGGGCUGGCUUACCUCCACGACAAAAAGCACGUGCAUGGAAAUCUGAAGCCCAGCAACAUCCUCCUGGGCAAUGAUAUGGAGCCCAGGAUUGGAGACUUUGGGCUUGAGAAAAUCGUAACAGGGGAUGCCAGUUAUAAAGCUGGUGGGUCGGCCCGUAUCUUCGGCAGCAAGAGAUCCACUGCCUCACGGGAUAGCUUCCAGGACAUUAACUUUGGGCCAAGCCCGAGUCCAAGCCCAAGUUCUAUAACAGGUGUCUCUCCCUACCAUGCGCCUGAGUCGUACAGAAACCUGAAGCCCCACCCAAAGUGGGACGUCUUCUCGUUUGGGAUCAUAUUUCUGGAGCUACUGACAGGGAAGAUUGUGGUGACUGAUGAGAUGGGCCAAGGCACGGGGGUGUUGGUGGAGGAUAAGAACAGGGCCCUGAGGAUGGCUGACGUGGCAAUCCGUGCUGACAUGGAGGGGAAAGAGGAGGCCCUGUUGGCAUACUUCAGAUUAGGGUAUAGUUGUGUGUCCAGUGUCCCACAGAAGAGGCCGUCGAUGAAAGAAGUGUUAUAUGCUCUUGAUAAAAUCACGUGCUCCUUUUCUUCCUCUUCCAUGGGCUCUUUCUACCAUGGACACUAAGCCCUGUGGCGUUCUGUUCUCUCAUAAUACAUUUGUAGAAAGUUGUAUUUAUGAUUGACCAAUAGGAGUUUGAGUUCGGUACCAAUGGUGUGCGUUCCGCUUGCAUCACCCAUAUUCAUUUCCCUAGUUAUCUAGGAAUAAUCUUUCUAAUUUUCUUUAGGUUCUCGUGUGUUGA